GAAUGUAGCAACAAAUGAGCCGAGGACAAAUACAAAGCAACAAUUGCCAUGCUAUCGAACAGAAAAAAAAAAGAGUCCAACUGCUUACUAGUUAAAAUGCUUAUUUUAACAAAGCUGAAAAUGCUUCUUACAUGCUUUUCAAUGUUUCAUUACAUGGCACGCACCCAUGAUGUAACACUAAAAGCUAGCUUGUAGUUUCCUUUACAGAAUUCUCUUAAAAACAAAGCCAUAACACCAUAAUGAUGAGACACAGCAACUCAUUGAAAUGUGGUCAGAUGAAUGCAGGCUCAUUAAAACAAGUUUAACACGACAUACAUUGCUUCACACCGUUUACCCAACAAUGUAUGUCUCAUAAACACUUAGCAGCGUACGUUCAUACUCAAUGUCUCCACAUCACUGCAGUUGCUAGCAUCCUUUAAGUUAAAACACACACUUCUCCUUGCCUGUAACUGUUGCGGCAUGCCUCCACCAUACCAAAGUAACAAGUAAAAAGUAUUGUUCCCGUCGUUCAAAACUGCUAAUCAAAAUUUAAAAUUUUAAUAAGUUAACUGUCCUGAUAAGAAUUGUAAAGCGCAGCACGUCUGUCCUUCUCUUGUUAUUUUUACCUGCCCUCGUGGUUCCUGGCCAAUGACUGACAAGAUCUUUAGUCACAUGGUUUUAUUUAAAAUUUUGGUCCAUAACAGAAUGUGCUGCUUGAUGCCAGUCUGAAUAUAGACCAAGCGCAUGGUUCAGGACUCCAUCUGGAACAAACGUGGACUCAAUCCAGAACAAAAGAUUUUUCGAGUCUGAAUACACCCUCACUAAAGGUGCUGUUUCUAUGGGAUACUGUCAUUUCAAAGUAAAUGUCUGCAACACAGAGGGCUUUUGUGAGAAGCCAGACAAUACAGCUCUUAAACCAGCCUUGCCAUGAGGGAAAAGAGGUGAUGGGACAAUGGGGGGAAAACCAUUAACUCUUCCAUGUGACAGUAUAAAGUCCCUCCUGGAGUUGUGUCAGUGUUACUUGUAGAGUCUAAAGCCGGUAACCUGUUGAAGAGCCAUGCAUAUCCUCUGAUAAACCUCAAAUGAAAGUUAUUACUUAUCAGCACCCCACCAUGGCUUCAUUCAGUGGACUAUUAUUGAUGUUGCCAGUAGUUUUAGCCUGUUCUCCCCAAAAAGCAGACUACGUUGUAGUUUCUUGCUUUCCCAACACUAUCAUCGCCAACGUCCCAGAGUGUCCUUAUGGUUGGGAGCUGGAGCAGCUGUCCCUGGGUGGUGUCUGCUACACUGGAAUACACAGUCCGGGUUACUAUCGUUUUAUUAUCCCAGACCUGACGCCCAAAAACCACUCGUACUGUGGCACACAGUCUGAGUACAUGCCUGGUAAAGAUCCCAAGUACAUCUUCUAUAACUCUAUUGUCUCCAACGACACUUCGCUAACGGUCAGAAAUCAGCCAGUCAACUACACAUUCAGCUGCAUGUACAGAGCCGCCUAUCUGGUAAACAAUGCAGUUUUCAGCCAGAGAGUGGCUACAGUUUAUGUCAACAAUGGGAGUUUAGGCACUUUUAGAUCACAGUUAUCUAUGAACGUAUUCACGAAUUCAAAGUUCCUCUAUGCGAAAGAUGCUCCUUACACCAUUGACACUUCUGAAAUUGGGUCUGAAGUUUUUAUUGGAAUUGAGGCAAAGGGUCUAAGUAACAGAUUCAAAGUUGUGAUAAACAACUGCUGGGCAACUCCAACUCCCUAUCCCACUGACAGGAAGCGGUGGAGCCUCAUCAUCAACAGUUGCCCUGCAGACAACACAGUGACGGUUUUUGAUAAUGCCAAAGACAGCCACUCCACCUUUAAGUUCAACUCUUUCCGUUUCCAACGUCUGGAGAAAGUGUCCACUGUGUGGCUCCACUGUGAAGUCCAGAUCUGUGACGGGGAAAGGCUUGUCUGUGAACCAAGUCCAUGUUCUUCCAGAAGCCUGAGAGAGGUAGAUCUGAGUGGGGGAAUUUUGACUGCUGAGUUUCAAAUAAAAGGAACUUCGCUGUUUAUGCUUCUGCUGGUCCUGAUGAAGAUGUGUGAUUUAAAUGCUGGGCAGUGGUGAACAAGUCAUUUCUACAAACAUGGAGGGGAGGGCCAAAGACUCAGGGAGUGUGAAAACAUUCUUACCCCUUCAUUCAAGUGGCUAAUCUUUUCCUAAGAUUUUACACAGAUUUUAUUUAGAAAAUGCAUUAACAUGUUUUUAGACAAGUGCUUGAUUUAAUUUUGACAUGAAUAAAAAUCAUUAAAGACAGCAAAGUAAUAAUAGUUUGCUCUCUAGUUUUCAUAAAUAAACGUUUUAAAAUCAGA